AUGGGUCUAGUGUUGAGUGUUUUAUCUGUUGUAAAUGAAGAAUCUGAACGUAUUUGCAAAUUUUGUUAUGGAGAAGAAGGUGAAGAAAAAACUUGGCUUCAUCCCUGUCGUUGUAUUGGAACGCUUCAUGUGAGUUAAAAUGUUUUUUAAAUUCAAAAUAGUGAUUCUCAUUAUUCAGUGGGUUCAUUAUACAUGUUUCGAUCUUUGGAUGAAUCGUGCAUCAGCACAACAACAACUUCAAUGUCAAACUUGCAGGUAUCAUAUUUUGAACCCAGUUUCGAAUUUUCAAAAUUAAAUAUUUUCAGAUAUGUCUAUCGAAAAAGUUGGGUUCUAAAAUCAUUGAAAGAUUGGAAGCUACCACAGUUGGAUCUCAAUACGUGGCAAUGGCUCGAAAUUUUGUUAGAUGUUUAUUCAACGUAUAAAUUCGUGAGAGGAUUUAUAUGGACUGUUGAAGGAAGACGAUCUGUUUUCACACAAAUGGUGCAUUUCUUUUUCUGGAGAACAUUUAUUAUGUCUGAUCGAAGGAUUGCUUGGUAUUUAGCUUUAGGAAGGAAAUGUUUGACAGCUGCAUUUCAAAUUGAUGUUCAACCGUAUGAUGAGAGAAGAUUAGAAGAAUCUGAAGACAGCAGGUUGGUUUUUUGUCUAUUUUUUAACUUUUUUUUUUUCAAUUAAUAUUUUCAGUUUUAGCAGUGAAUCGGAAGAGGAAAACGAUGAAAUUGUGGCGGCAUUUGCACAUCUCGCAGUCGUCGAAAAUCGAGAACACAUCAUGAAUGAACUGGCGCACUAA